AUGAAGGUUUUUCCCAUGAUGAUCAAGGAACAGACCUUCAGUUUGUCCGAGCUGGUAACUGUUGUGGAACUUUUGCGUGAUCAACUAGUUCUUACACAUGCCCAUGCUGAGGCUGGCACUGAUCUUCCUAACCAACUGGAAGAAGCGCUAGCAACUCAGAUUUCCCAGGCAGGUUUGUCUAUCUCCUCUAGCAACAGCCCUGGAGACUAUCCUGAAGGAGACAAGACUCAGAGUGUCUCAGAAACAAGCUCCUUGUCCAGUGUGACUACAGCUGCGAAUACUGCACCACCUUCCAUCACUAUUACUGCUGCAGCUGGUGCUGCACCUCAUGGGAGUACUUCUGCUUCAGUCCACUGGUAUGUUGUUACUUUUGGAUGCGAGACAGGUGUAUUUCAAGGCUGGCAUAAUGUGCAUUCACAUGUGGUAGGCGUUCCUGGAGCCUGUUUCGGACAGUACUCCUCUCGUGCUGUUGCAGAUGAGGCAUAUGCCCAGGAAUUGCAAGAUGGCACUGUGCAUGAGUUGCCACUCUGA